UCAUGAAGAGAGAAGAAAUAAGUGCAUAUCCUAAAGACUCGCACAUUUUUUUUAAAGACACGCAUAGAUCAUGGGACUAUAUAAUUAUAAAUGAAGGUGUCUAUUCUCCUUUACAUAAACUUGCAUAUACUAAGAAACCGGAGCAAUAUGCUAUUCCUGAUCAGUAUAUUGUUCGCACAACAUAUGGAAAAAAAAUAUAUAUCGCAGAAUGCUCUAUCCAAUAUAUCAAUAACAAGCCAUAUUUUGCAAUACAGUUUGACAAAUACAUAGUUCAUUCAACAAAAUCUUUAUCAGACGCCACAGCUAAAUACUGCAAGGGUCUUAAAAAGCUAAAAAAUAAAGGAACUUUGUCAAGUGAAGAUAUUCAAGAAAUAAAUGCAAAUAUAAUUAAUAAAAAUGAGAAUAAAAAGAAAGACAUUUGA